GUAAAACAAAAGCGAUACUUUGAAAGUCGUUUGUUUUUCAGGCAGCUGGUGAACGUGAUGUUUAGCAGAUCGUAUCAGCCGCUCUCUCAGAGAGACUCGAACAGUCAGAGGAGCUCCGGUUUGUCUGUGGACUUCCGCUACAACAAAGGACUUUCCUUUGAUUACAUCCCGAAUGUUGCUGACAACGACUUUACUGAUACCUCACAGGGAUGGUUUUCCUGGAUUUGCAACCUGAUUGUCACCUUCCUUGUUUAUACCUGCACCUUUAUAACAUUUCCUCUAUCUGGAUGGUUUGUUCUGAAGACAGUGCCCAACUAUCAGAGGAUAGUAGUGUUCCGUCUGGGUCGAAUUUGCCCUCCAAAGGGGCCCGGUAUAGUAUUUGUGCUGCCUCUUAUUGACCAGUGGCAGAAAGUGGACCUUCGCACUCGCGCCUUUAACAUCCCACCCUGCCAGGUGGUCACUCGAGAUGGCGGCGUGCUUUUGGUGGGAGCAGACAUCCAGUUUAGGAUCUGGAAUCCUGUGAUGUCCGUUGUAUCCGUUCAGGAUCUAAACGCUUCCACCAGGAUGACGGCUCAGAAUGCGCUGACACACAGCCUGGCCAAAAAGACGGCUCGGGAAAUCCAGACUGAGAGAGUCAAACUUGAGGAGUAUCUCGGGGUGGACAUAAAUGAGAUGACACGUCCUUGGGGUCUCGAGGUGGAUCGAGUUGAACUGACUUUCGGUUCUCUUGGAAAAGCCUUAGAAGACGUAGAAGCUUCACCGCCUGUCUAUCCUUCUGCUCCUGGACUAGAAGGCCUCGCUGGCCCCAUUCAGCAGCUGGCCAUGCAGUUUCUGAGCCCCAGCUGUCCUUCACAGUCCACUCGAGACGGCCUCACAUUUACAGAUGAGCGCCACAGUGGAUCAGAAUCUGCAGUGGCCACACCUGGCUCUGUGGAGGAGCUGCUCAGCGGCGUCCAAAGGUUGCUCUCCGAGUCUUUGGUCCGCCAUGCUGGAGCCAGCUUCCAGUUUGAGAUCAGCUCAGUGAACGGCGAACAGCACAGAUACUAUCUGGAUCUCAGCCAAGGCACCGGCACCGCUGGAUCUGGAUCUCUGCUUCUAGAACCUGAUGUCACACUGAGCAUGAGCGAUGGCGACCUCCUGGCCAUGUUCCAGGGGGGGCUGCAGCCCCUUGCGGCCUACACCAGUGGCAGACUGAAGGUUCAGGGGGACAUCGGUACAGCCAUGAAGCUGGAAGAAGUCAUCAAGCUCCUGAAGAAACAACCAUCCGAAUCAUUUGUGGUUUAAUAUUUAUUUAAUGCUUAACUUUAACUGUAAAAUGUGUUUUUAUUGUCAAUCUCAUUAAAUGUUGCUUCAAUUAAGCUAAA